AUGCGCAUAUUAGGUGCAUUUUCUAACCUCCAAUAAUAUUAGACCUACCGGCAAUCGUGAGUUUGAUGUAAACACCAGCAGAGUUGAGGGACAAUAAAAGUUAAUAAUAAGCCAAGUUAUACAAGUCAGCCGAUUACAUGAAGUACGGAGAGAAUAUGGGUGAAAAUUUAAAUUCUAAGUUGUUUUACAACACUAUACUUUGCCAAACAUUUUCCCCGGAUGGGCGGUAUUUGCUAGCUGGGAAUGUUUAUGGCGACAUUUCGGUGUACGACUUGUCCACAGCACUUGGACCUAGACAAACCGACGAUGAGGAAUUUCUGGGACCCACAUACCAAUUCAAAGCACACCCAGACCAACAAGUACAGAGUAUGCUCACAACAAAUAACUUUUUAGUCACUGGCACAUGUGGAGAAGUUGCUGGAUGGGAUUGGAAAUCAGUCACUUCGUCAAAAUCUUUAAAAAUCAAACCUUCCUGGGUAGUUCAAAUACCUAGUAAAAAAGACAGCCUUGAAAAACCAGAUGUGAAUUGUAUGGUGUAUUCCAAAGAAAAUCAUCUAAUUUAUGCUGGCUGUGGAGAUAAUAAAAUUCAUACCAUUAAUUUGGAUACUGGAAAAAUAAUUAGUAGCUUGGCUGGGCAUACUGAUUUUAUUCAUAGUAUAUCAGUUUUUGGUAAGCAACUAGCUUCAGGAGGUGAAGAUGGAACAGUUAGAUUAUGGGAUCUUCGUAAUAAGGAAAACACAAAUAUCUUGCAACCACACUUGAAUGAUAAAGUGGCAAGGCCUAAAAUAGGAAAGUGGAUUGGAGCUGUGGAUUUCACAGAUGAUUGGCUGCUAUGUGGUGGAGGCCCAAAACUAUCCUUGUGGCAUGUGAGAACUAUGGAAGCUGCAACUGUCUUUGAUCUUCCAGAUGAAGGCAUUCAUGUUGCAGACAUCUUUGAAGAGCGAAUAAUUACAGGUGGAGCUAUGCCUUAUCUGUACCAUUUAACAUAUCAGGGUGUACCAUUGGCCAAAGUUCCUAUUUCAAGUAAAACGGUUUAUAGCGUGAUUUACCAAGAGAACCCUCAAAAAGUUUUAAGUAUUGGAGGUUCAAGCAAUAAAAUUGAUGUAUGUACAAACUUCAAUUACCGUGAGAUGGUUUUAAAAUUCGCGUGAUAGUAAAAUGAGUAUUUUUUUACCAAAAUAGACUUUUGUACUUGAUUUAUUACAAGUUAUAUUAUUAUAAAUUUUAGUUUCUUUUUUAUCAUACUAAAUCAUAAAAUUCUCUUAGCUAAUGUAUAUAGGAAGAACAAAACCAUUACAUAUAUAGGCACCAACUCCUAGCUCAUCUGAGAAUCUGAAAUACAUUGAAAAAAAUAAUAUGAUACAUGUUACAAUUUUUGAAAAUAUUUUGUUACCUUGACUUUCUUUAUGCUUGGCAAAUAAAAUUUCAUCAGUUUUGGCUUUAACCUCAAUCAUUAAAGUGCUAUUGUUUUUAUUUUCUAUACCAAGUAAUUCUGGAUUAUAAAUAAAAAUAAUGGCUACAGGAAUCAGUGCCAAUAUUAUUAGUAAAAUUAUGACGUAUAUUUUCACACAGCAACAAGUAAUCAUUUUACGUUUUGUGUGAUCGACUUAGCAAAAGAAAUUUUAAUUUUAACUUACGCGCGUCGUAAUGCGCUCGUGGUGAUCUGAACUUUGAAGAAUCAGAGCAUCCUUCAUUUGUCAUGAACGAGAAUGUCUUGUCAAUCAUACGUUUGUAAUUAGGGUAUACAUACUUAAUUAUAGUUAAUGAAAACACAAA